AUGGAGCUAGGGCACCCGCUUGUGCGAGUGCCCUUUGAGGGUGCCAGUAAAAACUUUCGUCUGUAUCAUAAGCAGCUCACGCGUGAGUUGGCGCAGGCUACAGCGCAAAUAGAGGCGCUUGAUAAUCCCCAGCAGCCCGGUCAGCGCAUAGACAUCGAGACGGCCAUUACUAAGCUAGCAGAGUUAGAAAAAAAGCUACAAGACUUGAAGCAAAGUGCCAAGAACAAUGCAAUCGAGCAAGAGAUAGAUUUGCAGACCUGUGUCACUCGCAUACGGCACUUAAAAGAAUUGGAAGACUCUAAACCAGUCGGUGACUCCUUUACCUUGAGCCAAGCGAACAAAUUACUAAAUGACCGACUAAUAGCUGACUUUUUACUAAGUCAAGGAUAUUUCGAGAGUGCCAAGAUUAUUGAAACAACAAAAGGUGUUGAUCACUUGGUAGACCACAAGGUUCAUGCAGAAUGUCAAGCGGUGCUGAAAGACCUACAGGCUCAUCGUACAGAGCAUGCAAUUACGUGGUGCUUGCAAAAUGGUUCGCGACUGCGACGAUUGCAGUCGACUUUAGAAUUUCAAUUGCGCAUGCAGGACUUUAUUGAACUUGUGCGUGCUCGCAAGCUCUUGAACGCCGUUCAGCAUGCACGCACUUAUCUAACGCCACUUGCAAUGCAAUCAGACAAACAAACACUUCGUGACGCUGCUAUCAGUGAAGUUCAGAUUGCAAUGGCAACGUUGGCGUUCGAGUCGCCUCAUCAGUGCGGCAUUGAGGCAUACGAAAAGGUAUUUGCUACGGACAGAUGGGUGACUUUGGAGAGGAUGUUUCGCAAAACAUUCAAUGACGUCUAUGGAAUGCACAGUCCACCGACACUGUGUAUUGCGCUGUACACGGGACUGUCAACGCUGAACACACGAGCAUGUCAUCUCACACGCAAUGCUGAUUCUAAGGUCGGAGCACAUGGCAAGCGACAACGUCGAAAUCGAGAUAGUGAUGGUGUUGUUAAAGAUAGUGGAAAUGAAAGCGAUGAAUUGCAGCUGGAAUCGGUCGCGUCCGAAGAUAAGGACAAAUUAGCUGAUGCGACAGGCAGCAAGAAGCGCAAGUAUUUCCAAUCUCAGUCAGUUGUGCCUAUUUGUCCAGCAUGCAGCGAAAUUGGCAGUCAAUUAUGCACUGGCCUUCCUUUUGCGUAUCACCCCCAUUCGCGAUUGGUGUGUCGUGUAACGCAAAGUGUGAUGGACGAGCGUAACCCGCCUCUCGUACUUCCAAAUGGCCGAGUUUACAGCAAGCAGGGCAUCGAGCUUCUUACACAGAGUCACGCAGAUGGAAUGAUCAAGUGUAUCGACACCCAAGAUGAAUUCUCACCUGACGACGUCAAGCCGGUCUACAUUCUCUAA